UGGAUGAGGAUUUCCGACAGACAUAGAGAGGGAGGGAACUUGGAGGGACAGAGAUAGAGAAGCGCAAAUAUCAUCAGACAGACAUCGAAGAAGAAAAGAAUCAUCUUCAACUCUUUGCCUAACUGUGACGAAUCCAAAGGAACAAGCUUUAAAAUUCUGUCUUCUUCUUCUUCUUCUUCUUCUUCUUCUUCUUCUUCUUCUUCUUCUUCUUCUUCUUCUUCUCCUUCUCCUCAGUGUGAGGAUGCUUAGCUUGAGGUAUUCAUUACCGUAUCUUCCUCAAACAAAGGAAUCAACUAAACUCUUCUCCAAGAGGCCUAACAAUGUUGUGGUUUGUGCGGCUAGAGGUCCAAGACCUCGAUCUCCUCGAGUAUGGAAAACAAGGAAGAGAAUUGGAAGUAUCUCCAAGUCUGCCAAGAUGAUUGCUUGUAUAAAAGAAUUGUCGAACGUUAAAGAAGAAGUAUACGGAGCGCUUGACUCCUUCAUUGCCUGGGAGUUAGAGUUCCCUCUUGUCAUAGUCAAGAAGGCUUUAGCUAUUCUUGAAGACGAAAGAGAAUGGAAGAAGAUUAUUCAGGUGACAAAAUGGAUGCUGAGUAAAGGCCAAGGAAGAACAAUGGGAACUUACUUCUCAUUACUAAACGCUCUAGCUGAAGAUAACCGGCUUGACGAAGCUGAGGAACUGUGGAACAAAUUGUUCAUGGAGCAUUUAGAAGGAACUCCAAGAAAGUUCUUCAACAAAAUGAUCUCUAUCUAUUACAAGAGAGACAUGCACCACAAACUCUUUGAGGUGUUUGCUGACAUGGAGGAGCUUGGAGUGAAACCUAACAUUGCGAUUGUGGAUAUGGUUGGGAAAGUGUUUUUGAAGCUUGGGAUGAAUGAUAAGUACGAGAAGCUGAUGAAGAAGUAUCCUCCACCGCAGUGGGAGUUCAGAUAUAUCAAAGGAAGACGUGUUAAGGUCAAGGCAAAGCAGCUGAAUGAGCUAAGCGAAGGUGAAGGAGGCUUAAGCAGCGACGAAGACAAGAUUGAGAGUAAAUCUGAUAUGUUGUCAGUUGAGGAAGCAAACCAAGAUGGUGAUGAUUACAGUGAAGAGGAAGAAGAAGAAGAAGGUUUGGGCGCGAAUCAAAGACAGAUUGGAACAUCUAGAGAACCAUGUCUUGAUCAUUUGGAUUCUUCUUGACUUAUAAGUGUUCACUUAUUGAGCCUUUAAGAUUUUGUAUAUACUAUUGGAUGAUCAUGCAUGGAAAAGUGAUUUGAGAGCUUAGGAAAAGUCAAAUAAGACACCAAGUAAUAUCAAAACGAUAAAGAAACUCAGCAAAGGAUCUUUCUGACUCUGAGUAUCAUCACUGUGUAAAGAGCUUUGAAGCAAAAACUAAUGUGUUUCAGAUCAAAGUUAAAACUCCCUUUUGUUUA